GGAAACAAUGAAACAUUGAGGGCAAUAGGGCAUGUUUAGACCUGUUCUGUUCGUUCGAAUCUUCAAGUUUCCACCAACUUUCAUUAACUAACAUCAACUAAAUGGAUAUUGGAAUGACAAUUCAACCGAAUCUUCAAUUCACAUUCUUCCAAUUCUUUAGUCUCUACUUUUAGAAUUACCAUACUCAUCUUACAAUGUCUUCCAAACGUGACAAGGUGAGACAAAGCCAGGCAAGCCAGGACGAAGGCUUUUGCUCUGCAGGCCCCAGUCAUCAAGAUGACACAAUGGUGCAGUCACAACUGAGUCAGGGUCGGAGGAGGCAAAGCCAAAAGUCCCAGAGUAGCAAACGAACUACCCCUGAUACGUGUGCUGGCACAAUUCUCAAGUUAAGUUUGACCAAUUUUAUGUGCCACGGGAACUUACAAUUUGAAUUAAAUCCGCGAGCAAAUCUAAUCAUUGGAAAAAAUGGCUCUGGUAAAAGUGCCAUACAAACUGCUAUAUGUAUCGCCUUGGGUGCCAGGGCUGCAGCAACAAAUAGAGCUGUUUCAUUGAAAAAACUCAUCAAAACGAAGUGUCACACUGCUGCCAUUGAAAUUGUUCUGGACAAUAGAGGAGAUCGUGCGUAUAGACCCGAGAUGUAUGGCAGUAAAAUAAUUAUUUCUAGGACAUUUUCAGAAUCAUCGAGUUCUCUAAAACUCAAAAGUGAAAGAGGCCAUUUGAUUUCUGCAAAGAAAGAUGAGUUGGACCGGAUGCUAGCUUAUCUCCAGAUUCAAGUUUUUAAUCCUGUUGCCAUUUUGAAUCAGGAUACUGCUAGAACAUUUUUCGCUAGUACAAAUGCUGCAAAGAAGUAUGAAUUUUUUCUAAGAGGAACUCAGAUUGAUGAGAUGGAAAGUCUACUCAGAGAAAUAAUUAAUCAUAAAAUAGCCAUCAAUGAGGGAAUUAAUGUGAGAACAUCAGAAAAGGAGCAUCUAGAAAAUGAGCUCUCAAAGUUGGAAGUAAAAGAAAAGUUGCUUCGCAGAGUGGAAGAGUAUAGGAAUAAAGAAGAGACUCUUAAAACAGAAUACUUUUGGGCUAAAGUUCACAAACGCCAAAAUGAAAUUCGUGAGCAAGAAGCAAAUUUAGAGAAUCAAACUGCACAACAUCAAGAUUUUCAGAAAUCUCUGGAUGUAAAAAUAGAAGGAGAAGAUGAAUUGAAGAAAAAUAUAGCUGACUUGGAGCAAAUUGUAGACGAAAAUCGGAGCAAAAUUAAAGAGUACAUCGAUGCUCACAAGCAAAAGCGUGAGGAAUAUCAGCGCAUCAGGCGGGAAUAUGCCACCAAAGCUGAUGAAUUGAAAAGUUCAACUAAAGAAAUGGAUAGGAAAAAGAAUGACAUGACCACUUUAGAAACGGAAAUAACAAGGCUUGAAUCCUCCUCUUCCGAAAAUAGCGAAAAGCUUCUUCAGAUAAAAAAAAAGAGAGAAGGGUUAGAGGAACAACUAAGAGAAAUAGCUUCAAUUGUUCAAGAAGCAGAUAGGGAAAUAUCUGUGCUGAGAAGUACAGCAGCAAACACGUCAAAAAAUAUGUCUGAAAUCAGGGAAACGAUUAAGCGCUUUGAGAGAGAAAAAACGAGUUUAAGCCAUCAGUUAUCCCAAUUACAAGAUGCUGGAAAUACUUUGAAUAUUUAUGGUCCCUUUAUGCAGCAACUUAACGAACGGAUAAAUCAAGCCUGUGCUCGAGGUGCUUUCAAGCAUAGACCCAAAGGACCUCUCGGUCAGUAUGUCAAAGUGCAGGAUGCAGAAUGGGGUCCAGCAAUAGAGAGAUUUUUAGGACCGGAUUUGUUGAAAAGCUUCAUUGUUGACAAUUCAAAAGACAAUGACACUCUCAUGAGGAUAAUGCGAGAGGUUUGCCGCAAUCAGAGAAGGCCGGAUAUACAUUGUGGAACAUUUAACAACACACUGUAUCCUGUACACAACAAAGAGGUCAAGUACAAACAGUACCAAAGUUUGUUUGGAGCUUUAGAAAUCAGUGAUCCAGAUGUUGCAAAUACCCUCAUCGACUUUCGUGUCAUUGAAACUGUCCUUCUGAUUGACAAUAAUGACAUAAUCUGUAACUUGAUGGAGAAUGUUCAAAGAGUCCCGAGAAAUUGCACCAGGUGCAUCAACAAGUUUGCUGACACUUACUUUCCAGCCCCUAGCUAUCGUCAGUACGAUGGGUUAGAUCCCCGUAAAAAUCAUCGCAGCCAAUGGCUCCAAGUUAGCAUUGAUGAAGCACGAAAUUCAUUGACAGAAAAAAUUGAAGAAAUCAACCAACAGAUUGCCUUAGAGAGUGAUAAACUUCCGCCAUUACAACAAGAAUUGGAGGCAAACCAAGCUCAAAUAAGAAAGUGGCAACGUAUAGCUGGAGACAAAAGAAAGGAAAUGGCUGACAUUCGGCGAGAGCUCAACAAUGAGGAAGAAACGGACACCGAAGAGUAUCGUUUGCCUCUUCUAAAAGGUGAAUUACAAGACCUGAAAAACGAUAUCACACGAACCGAGACAAAAAUCAGCAACCUCGAAAACGAAACUAAAGUGUUAAAACAGCAAAUGGCCUCCUCAAGGGAGGCCUGUGAAAAAACACAAAAAUUUGUUAGCACCGGUGAAGAUUCUGAAAUCUCCAAGGAGCUUGAUGCCAAGAAGGAUCAGCUGAAAGAGUUAGUGGCUGAAAAGAAGCGUUUGAAUAACAGGGUGGUUGAAGCCUUAAAAAAAAUAACGAUAAUUGAAAAAAAAAUACAAGAUUUGAAGAAACAAGAAGAAACUGAAAGACAGGAAGCAGCCAAGCUUGGUCCGGAAAUGGAAACUCGCGAUAUGGCAACCAUUGACCGGGAUCACCGAGAAGUGGAGGCACAUAUCAGAGAAGCUGGUAGGGAGUCGCAUAUCUCGUAUGAAGAACUUAAAAUAGAAAUUCUACAGAAGAGAAACUCUCUCAAGAAAAUUACAAAAGCCCAGGAAAAAUUAGCAGCAUUAUUUGAGCGUUACGAUAGAUUGGCUCUUACUCGUAGCAAAAUGUGCACAAAAAACAUUCAAUUUGUAACAGCAGAUGUCAAGAUUCACUUCCAGAUGGCACUUAAAAUGAGGAAGUACCAAGGUGCCCUUGAUAUCGACCAUAAAAAGAAGGAAAUCGCUAUCAUGGUUUCCCCCACUGAUGGGGGGUCAAAAUCUGUGGAUACGACUUCGCUAUCUGGUGGAGAGAGAUCAUACUCAUCUGUAGCCUUCAUCAUGUCUCUGUGGAGUGUCACCAACAUUCCCUUCUAUAGUAUGGAUGAAUUUGAUGUGUUCAUGGACAAUGUCAAUCGCGAACACAUCGUCCAAAUGUUACUUGGUUUUGCUGAAAAAUCUCGCAGUCAGUUUAUAUUCUUGACUCCGCAAGAUUGCUCAACAGUGGACCCCUCUGAUGAUCUAUCUAUUUUCCGAAUGGCUGACCCAGAGAGGACCGCAAAUUGUAGCAUGAUGGAAUAGAAGUGAUAAUGAUCGGUUCAGAAGUAUAUGCUUUUUUAUCGCCUUCCACAAUGGCUGAUCCGGAGAGGGACGCACAUUGUAGCAUGGCGGAAUAGAAUUGAUUUUGAUCGGUUCAGAAGUAUCCAGUCAGCAUUUUUUGUCUUGUUUUUUUAUGCCGUUAUAUUGUUCUAUUUUUAAUUGUUUGUUUUGUAUGACUAGUCGC